GUACCAAAGUUGCGUAUCAUCUAUUUCUAUUAUUUGAAAAUAUGAAACUUCACUGCAAAGAGUACUUUACUCUUGAGUUAGUAAUUGAAUUCUCAUAGUGAGAAAAGUGACCCAAUAACUGAUUACUGACAAAAAUUCAAAUGUUUGUACAAUCUUUGAAAACAAAUCUACCUUGUCCACAUUCCACUUGAAAAUGGCUACUGAUGAAUAUGAAUAUGGAAGUCUAAUUAAAGAGGAGGUGGUAUCUGCUGGCGAUGAAAACGAUACCAACUCUGAAGAAAAAUGUGAUGCAAUUGAAAUUGGUAUCUUGAAGGGAGAUGAGCCAGAAUAUAUCAAACAUGAAGAGUGUUUGGAAGAAGUAAAGGAAGAAUUACUUUGUGAAGUGUGUGGAGAUGCAACUGAUGUCUUCGGUCCUGAUAGUGUGGAAUCCUCCUGUAAAUGUCGAUGCCAGAAUGAGUCUAAUGCUAUGCAAGAUGAAGAUAUGUCUUUGGAUUUUAAACCGCUUAGCCUUGGUCCAGAUUCUGGAAACUCUCAUUUCAAAAUUCCUGAAGAAAAAUUAGUUGUGAAAGAAGAGGUUCUAUACAAUGAAAAUGUCCCAUCAAUGUCAUGUGAAAACAAAAUUUCUAUUGAUGGUUUUCAUGUUGUUGAACACGAAACGCUGCAAAAAACUGAGGAGAUCAAUGAAACAUUUAGAUCUGGGUACUAUUUGAAUUCAUUCGGGCAGCAGAUUCAAGAAGAAAACAAAAUGUGCUCAAAAAAUGUAAAUGAAAGAACCGAUAGUGAAAAGAGAUCUACAAAGAAGAUCCUCUUUUCUUGUGAAGUGUGCAAAAAAUCAUUCAGUCAAAAAUGUGAUUUGAAAAGACAUUCGAAAAUCCAUACUGGUGAAAAACCAUAUCAAUGUAAAUUCUGCUCUAAAUCAUUCAGUGAUUAUAGUAAUAUGAUGAGACAUGAAAAAACUCAUGCUGGCGAAAAACAAUUUCAGUGUAAAAUCUGCUCCAAAUCUUUCAUCCAUGGCAGUGAUUUCAAAAGACAUGAAAAAACUCAUACCGGUGUAAAACCAUUUCAGUGCAAAAUCUGCCAUAAAUCAUUCAUUCGAAGAAGUGAUUUGAAAAGACAUGAAAAAGUUCAUUCUGCUGAAAAACCAUUCCAGUGUAAAACCUGCUCCAAGUUUUUUACUCGUAGUGGUAGUUUGAAAUUGCAUGAAAAAAUUCAUACUGGCGAAAAACCUUUUCAGUGA